CUACAUGUUGUAAGGUAGUCACGCUGACUGUUUGCUUCUAGAGCGGUAAUAAUGUAGGAUGAGAAAGAUUUUCAAGACGAAAUGCAUCCUUAUGUUUCUGGUUACUAUUCAUGUCUUUUAUCCAGCCAAUAUAAUGCGAUUAUGGACGAUUGUGACAAGGUAUCGAUGUCCUCAUCGAAACACAUUCCAUGACACGAAAGUUAUUUCACAAGCAUUGCAAGAUUUCACGACAAGCGAUGCGAAAUACAAAUUGUCAGAAGAUGACGACAGUUGUGAAGUGAGAUCAAUGGGAUGUUUCCAAUCUUUGCCUAAACUAUUUGUACCGGAUGUUGUAUCAAUUCGUCUUACGCCGAACAGAUGUUUCAAUUUCUGUAACGAAAUAGGAAUGCUGUACGCUUCUUUGAACAAUGGUAAAACGUGUUACUGUGGAGAAAACUUUUUAGGUGUUGCACUACUCACAAUGUCACAGGACUGUAAAAUAAAAUGUUCCGGCGAUGGAUUCAAGUAUUGCGGUGGGAAACAAAGUUCCCAAGUUUAUAUGAUCACCAACUGCAACAAAGUGAUGAAAAAUAAAAUAUUAGAAGGCUGUUUAGUCAGAACAAAGAAUGAUUUAUUCAGUCAAGAAGAACCACUGGACAAAGAUGAUUGCAUAAAGAUAUGCGGAAAGGCGGGAUUCACUGUCGCAGUGCCGGCAAAGAAGUGUGUCUGUGGUCAUCGACAAAAUGUGAAAACCAACAGUAAAGGACAGGCUUGUGUCCGGGGAACUCCGUACAGAACACUCGCUCCUGAUUCCAAAUGCGAUAACAAGACAUUGCUUCCAGCUGGGACGAACCCUCCAAUUGCUCUCGCUAGUUUCCCGGGAUCCGGUAAUACUUGGUUUCGUCAGAUGAUUGAAACAGCAACAGGUGUAUAUACAGGAAGUGUGUAUGACGAAGAACUGAUUUUCGCCCAUGGUUUCAUCGGAGAACGCUUGCCUGCUGAUUCUGGCAAAACGGUUGUUAUUAAAGAUCAUGUUCUUCAUUCGUUAGAUGCAUUCAAAUAUAAAUCAGCAAUAUUACUUAUCCGUGAUCCUUACGAUGCUAUAUUAGCAGAAUACAACAGAUUCAGGACAUUAGGCCAUGUUGCGUCUGUAAGUGACGAGAUGUUGAAAUCCAGAGAUUUUCAUUUAUUUGUCAACCGGAAAGCAACUACAUGGAAGAACACAUAUAGUAAAAUUAUCCGAAGAGUACCUCGACUGUUACCAGUUUACUUCGAAGACAGUGUCAAGGACGCGGUAACGCAAAUCCGUCGUAUCUUGGAUUUCUUACCAGAAUCAUCAUUUAUUCACGGACCGGACUUGGAGACCCGUCUCCAAUGUUUGGAAGUGGAUGUACACAGCAAAUUUAAACGUCCAAAAAGAAGUUUGAUUUUUGACCCUUUCUCCCAGGAUUUGAAACGGAAGAUUAAUGAUAAUAUAAGAGGCCUCAGACAGGAGCUAGAAAGAGUUAAUAUUUCGACUCUGCCGAAGUAUGAAAGACAAGGCGUCGAGAAGAAAUUCGGUGGAAAAUCAUCUGAUAGAGGACAACGUAACAGACAGUUACAGAAAAUAAGGAUAAACGCCAAAGAAAAAAAUGGGGCUUAACAAAAUAUUUUAGGCAUGUUUUGCCACACACAUUACAGUGUAAAAAACGAUCAACAUUCGGAAUAGAAAUACAACAGAAUAAAAAAAA